CUUCUCGUGCGCACACUUCACGUACUUUUCACUUGCACGAUUUUGAAAGUGAAGAAGAAGUCCAGGACAAUGACAUAUUGUCAAAUGAAAAUGAUGACGAAGAUAUUGAUGAUGAUUACGGGGAAAUACCGAGUGCAACUCAAAGUCGACCCGGAAAUGAAGAACAACCUUUUCUUGAUGAUUUUAUCAUCUAGUUUAUCAUAGUUUUCUUGUAGAAAUUACUAGAUUUGUAUGUUUUAGACCUGUUCCUCUUAACUUUAUAUAAUAUUUACUUUUGGUAUUUAAUUAUAGUUAAUCUAUGCUAUUUUAUUAUAACAUAUAAAUAUAUGUAUAUAAAAAAUAUAAUCAAUAUAUUAUUAAACGUAUAAUCCGUCUAAUUACCGCCUAGGCGCUCGCCUAACCGCCUAGGCAGUUAGGCGGUGGACUAUCGUCUAGCCUCGCCUUUACGCCUUAACAAGUAUGGUUACAGUAACCUCUAUACAUACAUGAUACACCACACCGAUACAACUCGUUUUCAGACAUGAAAUAAAGAGAAUAUUCCCGAGAAACACAGGACCAAACGGUCCAAACCUUGAUGAAACUCCCCACACAAACAUUGUUGUCUCAAAUUCUCCACCUGACACAACACAAACACCUGAAACAAGGCCAAACACUUCAUGCCCACAUCAUCAAAACAGGCCAACUAUCAUCAACUUACAUAGCCAACACUCUCAUCAACUUGUAUGCCAAGUGCCAACACUUGCCCCAAUCCAACCUCAUUUUUCAAGAAAUUCAAGAAAAAGACAUUGUCUCUUACAACACUCUCAUCAAUGCUCAUUCUCAACUGGGUUGUGUUCAAAAUUCAAUCUUUGUUAUUAAUUUGUUCAAACUCUUGCUUUCACAAGUUGGGUUGGUCCCUGAUGGUCAUACUUUUCCGGGGGUUUGUAAUGCUGCUUGUAAUUUGUUGGAUUUGUUUGUUGGGCAGCAAGUUCAUUCGGUUGCAAUGAAGAUUGGAUACUGUUAUGAUGUUUUUGUGGGGAGUUCUUUGGUUAAUAUGUAUUGUAAAUUGGGUGUUGUUUGUGAUGCUCGUGUGGUUUUUGAUAGAAUGAUUGAGAGGAAUUCGGUUACCUGGGCUUCGAUGAUCUCGGGGUAUGCUAUGGAGAGGUUUGUGUUUGGUGCUUUGGGGGUUUUUAAGAUGAUGAUGUGGGAAGAUGUUGGAGGUGUUAAUGAGUUUGUUUUUACUAGUGUGCUUAGUGCUUUGACGUCGAGUGAUGAUGUUUUUAUUGGUAAACAGCUUCAUUGUCUUGUUGUUAAGCUUGGGUAUUCUUUGGUUUCGUCUGUUGGCAAUGCUUUGGUUACAAUGUAUGUCAAGUGUGGUAUCUUGAAAGAUGCCAUUAUGUCAUUUGAGUUGGUGAGGGACAAGAAUUCUAUUACAUGGACAGCAAUUAUCACUGGGCUGGUGCAAUCAGGGGAUUCUGAACAGGCUUUGAGUUUGUUCUCUAAGAUGCAAUUUUUCAAGGUGGAGUUUAAUGAAUCGACCCUCGUUGCUGUCCUAAAUGUUUGUAGUGAUAGUGGUGGAUUGGAGUUGGGAAAGCAAGUUCAUGGUUUUCUUGUGAAGUCGGGAUAUGAAUCAAAAAUUCAUUUAAUGACAACUUUGGUUGGUAUGUAUGCUAAAUGUUGCUGUGUAGGAGAUGCUAGGAAGGUGUUUGAUUAUCUGCAGGAACCUGAUAUUGUAUUGUGGACUUCCAUGAUUGGAGGGUACAUUGAAGCUGAGGAGAAUGAAUAUGCUAUCGACUUGUACUGUAAAAUGCAGAUAGAAAGCGUUAUGCCAAAUGAGUUAACUAUGGCCCGUGUUCUAAAAGCUUGCUCUAACCUUGUUUGUUUGGAUCAGGGAAAGCAGAUCCAUGCUCAUACCAUUAAAUUUGGAUUUGGUCUGGAAGUUCCAAUUGGAAGUGCCCUGUUGAUGAUGUAUGCAAAGUGUGGAAGCCUGAACGAUGGUAAUCUUGUCUUUAGAAGAAUGCCUAAUAAGGAUGUGGUGUCAUGGAAUUCAAUGAUUUCAGGUCUUUCUCAAAAUGGACAUGGUCAUGAAGCACUUAAUCUUUUCCAAGAGAUGCUAGUAGAGAACACAACCCCGGACAGUGUCACUUUUGUUCACAUUCUCAAUGCUUGUAGUCACAAGGGCUUGGUAGAUGGAGGUUGGUUCUAUUUUAAAAUGAUGUCUGAUGAAUAUGGUAUUACCCCAAGAGUGGAGCAUUUUUCAUGCAUGGUCGAUAUAUUGACCCGUGCAGGAAAGCUCUACGAAGCAAAAGAGUUAAUUGAGACAAUAACCUUUGAUCAUGGUGUACACUUGUGGCGAAUUUUGUUAAGUGCUUGUCGAAACUACCGUGACUAUGAACUGGGGGUUUAUGCAGGAGAGAAACUGAUGGAACUAGGUUCAGGAGAAUCAUCUACAUAUGUUUUGUUGUCAGGUAUUUACGAAGUAUUAGGAAGGCGAGAAGAUGUGGAGCGUGUACGAAAGAUGAUGAAACUUCGAGGAGUGAGCAAACUUCCUGGGUGUAGUUGGAUUGAGCUGAAAAAUCAUAUACAUGUCUUUGUCGUUGGAGAUCAACUACAUUCAAAAAUUGACCACAUACGGGUUGAAUUACAAGCAUUGACUAAACAAAUGAAGGAUGAAGGUUACGGGGCACAUUUAGAUGUAACCUUAAUGGGUUUCGAGGGCUAAGAAUUGAGAUGAAGAUAAUUUGACAGCCAUAUUUCAUGUGUCUAUUAACUUCAAUUGGUCAAUUUAUCUACGUUAGAGUGCAUCUAUCCUAUACUCUGCCAGCAGAACAGAAUUUUUUUUCUGUCCAUACCUGCCCAGCCAUAGUCUGCAAAUCAAUUGCAAUAUUGUGUUGGAAAUCGUUGGUACCACUCUGGAAGAGAAGUGUAAAUGAUUGGAGCUGCACCUUAUCCUUGGUACUUGAAUAGAUAGUUCCUGUUACCUCUAUGAUUGGAGUUGCUUACGUGAAGUCAUACUUCAGGGAAAAUAUAAAGGCCAUGAGGAACGACUGGUAUCUGUUGACUUAUGCUCUUAGGUCUGAAGUCGGUGUACAUAAUAUGCUAUUGAGAUUAUAGAAGUAAGCGUAAAGUAGAGAAUUUUCAAAGUGAGAUGAACUUAGAGAAAACCCUUAUUGAAGCUGUGCAACAAUAAGAGGCAAUGACGUCUGAAAAGAUGAUGUCUAAAUUCUCAGGUAAUUCUCCGUAACUGAGUGAGUGCCACAGUCCAGGAUACAACUUAAUUGUUUUAUCGCUGCUAGAAGCCGUUUCAUAUAGUAGCUUGCUUACUGCUGGAUCAGUCACUUUGUCAGCCUCAUCAUGGACAACAAGAAAAGGUACCAAAACCUGAAAUUUACAACAGGAAGUUUUGAAAAUGGAAGAAAAAGGUGGGACUUAACUUAAGGAUAACUCUUUUAUUGCUUCAACAUGUCUAAAGGCGACAUCAGUGUUGAGAUUAUUCUCCAAGUAGAAAUUACUCGGGCAAGCUGUUCAAGAACACUUCUCACCAUCUGAUUUGGUUUUAUGUCAUCUGCAACCUAGAUAUUAGCCAACAGAAUCAGGGAGAAUCAUUUCUGGGUUUCUAAGGAAAAGCAUACCACAAUGCAGGAGAAAUGCUCGGUACAAUUGGUAACCAGAUCAUCAGUAUUUGUAAUCAGACUUUCCAUGGGCUUCAUAAUCUAUACCAUUGUCUGCACAUCCUGCCCUCACAAGUUGAUGAGCAGCACCUGCGGAUUCAUGCCAUGUCCCUGUUAUAUUAAUCAUAUAUUCUCAACGUGAAUUGUGCAUAUUUACCUCUCAUUGAGAUGCUGCAAUCCAUAGCAUAGCCAUGUCAAAGAAAGACUAUAGCUUUAGGAUCACAAUCAGGUAGCCAUUUACAGCUGAAUAGCUUCAUUUCUCUAGAGUUUAAUUAUAUAUAUUCCUGUGAAAUAUUUUCCGGAAAGCAUAAAGUAUAGAUGUCUAUGAUUGACGCA